GGGGCGACUCGAAGGGCAAGGGCCGCGAAACCAGCGGCUGUCACUGUCGCGGGAAGGCAGGCCACUUGGCGGAGGAUUGCCGUGCGAAGGUCGACAGUCCAGGAAGGUCGCCGCUCCGACAGGGCCCAAGAGGAGCCAGUCGAGCCUGUCGCAGCUGACGGCUGUCAACCGUCAGGGGGCGAGCUCGGAUUCGCAGUCGAGCCUUGCGCUGGCCGUGGGCGUGGCGCACUCGGCAGCGCUCCUGGCGCACCAGGGCCCGCGUCGCGGGGCAGCGUGGACGAGCUCGACGGUCUAGAUCGUGAACGUCAACAGGUUCGAGGAGCCACGGAGCGUCCCGAGCGCGCUCGAGGAGUGCUACUGCUGGCAGGCCGGGGUGCUGCACGACCCGGCGCAGUGCGGCGCGCUCCCCGCGACCCUCUGCGAGGCGGUCGAGCGCGACCGCUGCGGACCGAGUUCCAGGUGACGAACGUCGAUCGCGCGAUCGUGAGCGCGGGCGCCUUCGCCGAGAACGGCCACAAUCCGAUCUUCGGGAAGGAGCUCUGCAUCUUGCUGGAGGAGUCGGGUCAGUGGGUCUCCUCGAGAGGACCGUGGCCAGGUGCAGCGAGGGCGUCAGCGUCCAGCGCGACCGCGAACACGUCGAGAUCCUGGUCGGCACCAUGCGCAACUUGAGCGUGGGCGAGGGGGGCGUCGCGGCGCGCGUGAUCACGCCCUCGUCCAAGACCAUCGGGAUGGACUGCAGGGAGUCAGCUGACCAGUUCACCGCCGAGUAUGCGGCUACCUAUCGCAGCAUGGCGCCGACGGCGCUGUGCAUGGCCCACGACCGCUUCGAGAUCCAGCAUGCCGUGGUGUACCUUGUGAGGGGCAAGACGGCCCCGACCUGGCAUCAGUGGUUUCUACUACAGCGGUUGGCGAGCUACCUGGAGCAACGCCCGCAGCUCGAGGUGUUCUUCGAGUUCCAGCGCGCGAGUGGCUUUGAUAUCGCUUUCCAAGAUCAUCCCAUGCCUUGUCGCCCAUGCAGGUCACGUUCCCACGCAACACGAACACACGUAUCAGUGCAUGCGUUGCUGCCGGAAAAAAGUGGCUUUCGUUGCCGAGAGGGAAAUUGAUGAGGU